CUAAGAUGGAUAUUAAAUUGGAUACUUUUGAUCCAAUUUGUGAGUACAAAGCUAGAUUAAUCUCUGAAGGUCAACGAUUAGCGACAGAUAUCCUUCCGGCCAAGUUUGUUGAAGUGGAUAAAAUGUAUCGCGAAAUAAAAAAUCUCAAGGUGUCUAAAACAAAUUCUGAAAGAAAGGAAGAAUUAAACAUUGGAACAGUUUUAAUAAACCGUUUUGGAAACAGUUCAACGAGAAGUAACUCUUCCUUGCGCCUGCAAGCAUCAGAAAUUGUUGAAAAUGUCAUAGGCUCAAAUCAGGUUCUUUUGGAAGUAAUAGAGAAACUGAAGCCCUAUAUUGAUGACCUUGUCAAUAGUUCAUGUGAUAUAAAAAUGUGGAUUACUCUCUUGAUUCCGAAAAUUCAAGACGGAAAUAAUUUCGGGGUGUCUGUGCAAGAAGCAGUAAUGGAAGAAGCCUCAUGUAUUGAACUGAAGGCAAAGUCUCUGAGAGAAUCGGGAACGGAUUAUUUUUUCUACAGGGCAAGGAUGAUUUCUAAAAUUAUAAAAUAUCCAGAAAUCAAUGAUUACAAAAUGGCUGUCAUAGAGUUUGAUUCUGAUGAGUUGCAAAAUCAGAUAAAUCUUUGUCGCUUUAUGCGAAAUGCGUAUGUAAAACUUCACGAUCUUGUGACAAAAAAUUUAGAUAAAAUUCAGAAUCCCCGAUCCGACCAUGGAAAUGAACUGUACUGAAUAUCAAUGCAAAUAAAUAAUCUUUUCUUUGUUUUUGAAGAAAGCAAUACCGAUC